AUGCAUGGGUAUGCAUAUGCAGCUGCAACAAUUGCAGCAUUCUUCUGCAUCACACACUUCUUCCAUCGUAGACUAUCUUGCAGACACCCCCUCCUCACAGACUACCCCAUCCUUGGCAUGCUACCUCAGUUACUCUUCAAUUUGUCUCGCGUCCAUGAUUUUCUCACUGAGAUAUUGAAAGUUGGCACGGGUGACUUCACUGGACCCUGGUUUACCAACAUGAACUAUUUGAUCACUAUUGACCCCAUCAACGUGCACCACAUCUUGAGCAAGAGUUUCCACAACUACGUCAAGGGACCCCACUUUCGUGACAUUUUUCAAGCCUUUGGAGAUGGCAUUUUCACCGUUGAUUCCGAACCAUGGAAAUACAACAGAGACCUCUUCCACUCUCUCUUCAAACACAAAAGCUUCGAGGUGUUUCUUGAGAAAACCAUUCACAACAAGGUUCGGAAUAGUCUCCUUCCAGUGUUGGAUUAUCUACACCAACAAGGGUGUGUGGUGGAUCUUCAAGAUGUCUUCAACCGCUUCACUUUCGAUAACAUAUGUUCUAUAGUUCUCGGAAACGAUCCUAGUUGCCUUUCCAUUGAUUUCCCCGAAGUUGCAAUAGAGAAGGCUUUUAACCAAGCUGAAGAGUCCAUAUUCUACAGACAUGUUGUGCCAAGGUGUGUUUGGAAGCUUCAAAAAUGGCUUCAAAUUGGUCAAGAGAAGAAGAUGACAGAAGCAUGCAAAACCCUAGAUCAAUUCAUACAUGCAUGUAUAGCGUCUAAGCGGGAAGAUCUAAGCAUGUACAAGGAAAAUGAAAAGGGUGAAGCUCAUGUUGACUUCUUAACAUCAUUGAUGAGAGAAGAAGCACACGAGGAUAAGUUUCUAAGGGACGCUGUGUUUAAUCUUUUUGUGGCUGGUAGAGAUACCAUAACCUCAGCUCUCACGUGGUUCUUUUGGCUUGUUGCUACAAACCCUUUAGCGGAAGCCAAGAUUCUUCAAGAGAUGAAGGACAAGUUUGGGACCAAUAUUGAAAAGUCGUCGCUAGGGGUUUUAAACGUUGAGGAAGUGAAAAAGCUAGUUUAUCUCCAUGGUGCUAUAUGUGAAUCAUUGAGGCUCUUUCCUCCUAUACCUUUUGAGAGAAAGCAAGCAAUUGAAGCUGACAUGCUUCCUAGUGGUCAUGGUGUUGAUCCUGGUACAACCAUGUUAUUUUUUAUGUAUGCAAUGGGAAGAUUAGAAGAAAUAUGGGGAGAAGAUUGUUUGGAAUUCAAGCCAGAGAGGUGGAUCUCACAGAAAGGAGGUAUUGUUUAUGUACCAUCUUAUAAAUUCAUUGCUUUUAAUGCAGGACCUAGGACUUGUUUGGGUAAGGACUUGUCCUUCAUUCAAAUCAAGAUGGUGGCAGCUUUUAUUUUAAGCAAUUACCGUGUCCAAGUGGUGGAAGGUUUUGUUGCUACCCCAAGCCUUUCUAUUGUUCUUCUUAUGAAGGAUGGUUUGAAGGUUAAGAUAACAAAAAGAGAACAUUAA